CCUGGAUUGAAGGAGUAUUCAGCAAGAGAGAAUGUAACAAAUUCAUACCCAGUUCAAAAGACCCUCACAAAUGUGCUCCAGGCUGUCAGGUCUGUCAGAAUUUGGUCAGGUGCUACUGUGGCCGGCUGAUUCAAGAGCAUAAUGGGAUAGAUUAUGCCUGGACCCUCUCAGCUGCCCAGGGUAAUGAAAACGAGCCAUGGUCUAUUGAAAAGCACACAGUGAAAAGCCCUACAGACACCUUUGGCACCAUUAAUUUCCAAGAUGGAGAUCACAUCUACCACUCCAAGUAUAUUAGAACUUCUUAUGAUACCAAAUUGGAUCAUCUGUUACAUUUAAUGUUGGAAGAGUGGAAGAUGGAGCUGCCAAAGCUUGUGAUUUCUGUCCAUGGAGGUCUCCAGAAUUUUAAGAUGCCCUCCAAACUUAAAGAGACCUUCAGCCAGGGUUUGGUUAAAGCUUCAGAGACAACAGGAGCGUGGAUAAUAACAGAAGGCAUCAACUCGGGAGUAUCCAAGCAUGUUGGGGAUGCCCUGAAAGCCCAUUCCUCUAAGUCCUUGAGGAAAAUCUGGACAGUUGGAAUCCCUCCAUGGGGUGUCAUUGAGAACCAGAGAGAUCUUAUUGGAAAAGAUGUGGUGUGCAUGUACCAGGCUCUGAGUAACCCCCUCAGCAAGCUCACUACCCUCAACUGUUUGCACUCACACUUCAUCCUGUCGGAUGACGGGACUGUGGGCAAGUAUGGAAAUGAAAUGAAGCUCAGGAGGAACCUGGAGAAGUACCUCUCAUUGCAGAAAAUACACAGCCGCUCACGACAAGGCGUGCCUGUGGUGGGGCUGGUGGUGGAAGGAGGCCCCAAUGUCAUCCUCUCGGUGUGGGAGAUGGUCAAGAACAAACACCCUGUGGUGGUGUAUGAAGGCACUGGCAGAGCUGCAGACCUCCUGGCCUUCACCCACAAACACUUGGAUAAAGGGAUGCUGUGUCCUCAGGUGAAAGAGGAGAUCAUCGGCAUGAUUCAAAACACUUUCAACUUUAGCCGUAAACAGUCCAAGCACCUUUUCCAAAUUCUAAUGGAAUGUGUGGGGCACAGGGAUUCUAUGACCAUAUUUGAUGCUGAUUCUGAAGAGCAGCAUGACCUUGACUUAGCAAUUCUAACAGCUUUGCUGAAGGGCACAAACUUAUCAACAUCAGAACAAUUAAAUCUAGCAAUGGCUUGGGACAGAAUGGACAUUGCCAAGAAACAUAUCCUAAUUUAUGGACAACAUUGGAAG